AAUAGCCUUCUUCCAUAGAGCAUAUUAUCUUUCUUUAUGAAAUUUGGUCAAACUCUUCAUUUUACUUGUUCACCUGUUAUUUACAAGCAUCAUGUUGCAUUCUGUUUUUUUUUACAACUUAACAGAGAACAUAUCAAAUCCUUCCAUCAAUCCUUCUCAAGACAUUGUGGUCGCGGGUAUGAGUUCUGUCAACUUAAUCUGCAAUUUUCAAGGCAACGUCACUGUCAUUGAGUGGACUAAGGAUGGAAAACCACUGUGCCCUAGCAACAGAAUCACCUUCCAGAGAGACAACAGAAUACUGAAGAUAAGUCCAGUAGAGAGAACAGACACGGGAGAGUACACAUGUCGUCUCAGCAACCCCGUCAGUGUCAUGGCCACAAACUACAACUUGAUUGUCAGAUAUGGACCUCUGAAUGUUACUGUAAGAGGAACUGGAGAAAUCAAUGCCCCUGAUAACACAACCUUUAGCUGCUCAGCUGAUUCACAACCUCCUGCUAAUUUCUCUUGGACGUUCAAUGGCAAAGGGACAGGUGUGACUGGCCCGGUGUUCAACAUUGUGAAGAGUAAAGCAGGAGACUCUGGCAACUACACUUGCAUAGCUAGCAAUGACAUGACUGGAGACAAAGUACCUGUCACACGUACACUGAUUGUCAAUUAUGGACCUGUGAAUGUUACUGUAAGAGGAACUGGGGAAAUCAAUGCCCCUGAUAACACAACUUUUAGCUGCUCAGCUGAUUCACAACCUCCUGCUAAUUUCUCUUGGACGUUCAAUGACAAAGGGACAGGUGUGACUGGUCCGGUGUUCAACAUUGUCAACAGUAAUGCAGAAAAGUCUGGCAACUACACCUGCAUAGCUAGCAAUGACAUCACUGGAGACAAAGUCCCUUUCACACGAACACUGACUGUUAAUUAUGGACCUCUGAAUGUUACUGUAAGAGGAACUGGGGAAAUCAAUGCCCCUGAUAACACAACUUUUACCUGCUCAGCUGAUUCACAACCCCCUGCUAAUUUCUCUUGGACGUUCAAUGACAAAGGGACAGGUGUGACUGGUCCAGUGUUCAACAUUGUGAAGAGUAAAGUAGGAGACUCUGGCAACUACACUUGCAUAGCAAGUAAUGACAUCACAGGAAGCAAAGUGUCUAUCACACAGACCCUGAUUGUGAAUGGAUCCAGCUUUAUCAGGGGAGGAAUACGGCCUGCAGUCAUGCUGUGGAUGUCCAUGAUCAUUUGUCUUAUAUUUUAGUUAAACCGCCCUUUGUAACUAUUUUGAUAAAAUAUAGGGACGUUUAUUUUAAAGUAGUCUAACAUUAUGCAAAGUUGAGUGUCUCUCUCUCUAUCCAUCUCUCUCUGUGUGUGAGAGAGAAAGUAUGAAGACUGGAGGGAGUGGAUUUUGUUUAAAUCUGCUACAAGACUAAUUUGUCACUGUUAUUAUGCAUAAGUAACAAAAUCAAUAGCCAUAUAAUCAAACCAGACAUUACCACACUAUUCUUCAUGUCUGCUUCCCAAAGAAAUGGUAACGCCUCUUUUCUCAUCAAUAAAGACAACCAUUAACGUAAAAUAUAUUGGGGGCCAGGGCGGGGGGGGGGGGGGGGGGUAGCGGGGGGUGCAGAGGCUGUAGAAAUCAGAGACAAAAGACAUGCAAAUUGCUAGCCACCAUUGAAAAAAUUACCAAUAGUAUAUGACUGUUGGAAUCUGGAUGGAUCUGCCACAUUACAAUAUAUAUGAGACCAAAAAAACAAAAGGGCUGUUCCAGUGUGUUGUUCCAGUUAGUCUAUAGCUCCCUUUUAACUAUAGGAUAGCUAUAGGCUAACUGGAUAAUAGCAAACAAUACAACUAUGCUAUUUAACCAAAAAGCUGGUGUGUUCCUUUAAGCUCUGUAUAAAAGUGACAUAUCCCAAAUGUGUAUUGUAGUUCUACAUGGUCUGAAGAUUUCCUAGCCAGACUGUAGCCUGGUUAAAACCAGGCUACAGUCCAGGGGACUCACAGUUGGAAAACUUUUCCAACACUAGCAUGGUGAUGGGCAUAGAUAGACAUUAACUUCAAAGUCAUUGAUCCAGCCUAACUAAUUACAUUGCUCAGGGAUUCCUAAUGUUGCUUCCUACUUUGCCUAUAUACAGGCAUUCUAAAACUGAUAGUUCCGGUCCUUGAUUGUGAUUGGCUGAA